AUGAGCAGCAGCCGGUUCCCGGUGGAGGCGAGGGCCGUGGGCCUGCUCAAGCACGGCAGGCAGAAGAUCUGCAUACUUUCUGUGCUCUGGUCAGAUCAAAACAACAUUCUCAUCUACAGGACAUUUGAAGAGUUUAAGAAACUUCAUAAAGAACUGAAGAGGAAAUUCCCCAUUGAAAGUGGUCUGCUGAAGAAGUCUGAAAGAACCAUCCCCAGGUUUCACGAUGUGAAUGUGAUGCUGCGGAAGAAGCAGGCACUGAGCCAGGGUAUGCACAGUCUGAAACUCCUCGAGGAUUACUGCCAGGAGCUCCUGAAGACACAGCCCAAAAUCAUCCAGGGGGAAGAUGUAGUCCAGUUUUUUGGAGCUCAGAGCAGAGACCUGGAUCCUGCAUUUCCAGAAAACAGCAUCCUUGUUUUGCCUUCUGAAAUGGGAGCCAGGAAGGCAGAAGCGCCGCCCAGGCCAGCCAGCCUAGGCAUCACGCAGCCAGUCAUUGCACAGGUUUACAGAUGCCUGGAAGCCUUCGACACAGAUGACACCAAGGGCAGGCCCUUCAAAGCCCUCAAAGGGGAAACGCUGGAAGUACUCAUGAAGGACAAAACAGGAUGGUGGCUCGUGGAAAACUGCAAGAAGCAAAUUGCCUGGUUCCCAGCUCCAUACCUGGAGCAGGCAGAGGAGGACGCCACCACCAGGGAGCACAGUGGAGAAGGGAUGCUGUCUUUCCUCACUCAGGCAUAUGAGGCCAGGGAGCCGGAUGAGCUCUCCGUGAAGGCUGGCGUUGUGGUGGAAGUGCUGGAGAAGUCAGACAAUGGCUGGUGGCUGGUAUGGUACAACGGGAAUGCCGGCUACGUCCCCUCCAUGUUUCUUCAGCCCUACCAAAACCCCCACAGCAAAUUCCUGGCCCUUGCCAAUGGCAGCACGCGCCUCUCCACCACAGACCUCUCAGGCGCUCGUGGUGACUUGAGCCAGAGUCCCCCCGCCCAGCGGAAGGGUUGCCAAGGGCAGAACACUUGGGCCCGGGCGAGAGAGGAGACAGACCUCGUCCAGGGAGCUGCUGCGGCCAUGGCAAGCCCCGGCCUAGCAAGCGACACGGAGCGCCUGUCAGACAGCUCGGCAAAUGUGAGUGACCAGGAACCCGACUGGCCCCAGAACCCCGAGGACCGUGGGGCAGGAACCAUCCUUCACACAGAGGCCCCUGCGCAUACCUUGAGGACGGGCACGGACAGCCCCUCCCUCCCCUCGAAGACCCAGCAACGGAGCAGCCCUGGCCUCAGCGAGGAGCCUUGGGGCGGCCUGGACCGUCCACACCGCUCCUCUGGUCGCCCCGCGGUUCCCCCACGCCCCUCUCGCUGCGAAAUCCUUCAGAGGUGCACCACCAUGACUCGGAGGGCCAUGCAAAGGGCCAGCCCCUCGGCUCGUUCUCUAGCCUGCCAGUAA